CUGGACACGCAGAGACACUUACAACAGCCUGCUGAGCAACCGCAACGCCUGUCAAGAUGUUAUUGGCUGGAAAUGGUGUCUUCUUUCUCUUCUCUUUGUUUUUCCUGCUGGCGGCUGCUCAGAGCUUGGUUUUUCCACGCUGUGAGCUAGUAAAUGAGACGGUAUCGGUGGAAAAAGAGGGCUGUCCAAAAUGCCUGGUGUUUCAGACCACCAUCUGCAGCGGCCACUGCGUAACAAGGGAUCCCGUUUACAAGAGCCCGUUUUCCACCGUCCACCAGACAGUGUGCACGUACCGGGACGUCCGCUAUGAGACCAUUAACCUGCCCGACUGUUCCGCCGGUGUGGACCCGCAGAUCACAUACCCGGUGGCGCUGAGCUGCGACUGCAGUCUGUGCACCAUAAACACUUCCGACUGCACCAUCCAGAGCCUGCAGCCCGACUUCUGCAUGUCCCAGAGAGAGGAUUUCCCCGCAUACUAGACCUCGGACAACUCACAUCAACCUACACACACAGUCGAGCUCAGCAUUAUUAGACCUCCUGUAUGUUUUUUCCAUUAAUAUAUAUAUUUUCAAGACACUAGUAUUCAGCUUAAAGUGACAUUUAAAGACUAAACUAGGUUAAUUAGGGGGGAAAGUAGAGUCAUUGUAUAAUAGUGGUUUGUUCUGGAGACAAUCCAAAACUAAUAUUGCUUAAGGGGGCUAAUAAAAUUGACCUUAAAAUGAAUUUAAAUAAUUUAAAAACUGCAUUUAUUCUAGUCGAAAUAAAAGAAAUAAGACUUUCUCCAGAAGAAAAAAUAUUAUAGGAAAUACUGCAAAAAAUUCCUGAAUCUGUUUAACAUCAUUCGGGAAAUCAAAGGAGGGCUAAUAACUGUGACUUCAGCUGUACAUCAAUAAAGAGGCUGGUUCUUAAAUUCAUUUAUAUGCUCAAGAGGAUUUUAUUGUGUGCAUUUUAAUGGCACAGUUUGGCCAGAAAUUAAAUGUUUGCCAUCAUUUAAUCACCUUUUACUUGCUUCAAGCCUGUUUGACUUUCUUCUGUUGAACACAAAGUUUCAGAUUUCUUCAAAAUAUCUUCAUUAGGUUCAACCGAAGAAAGAAACCAAUUAGAGUAGAUUUUCAUUUUUAGGUGAACUAUCCCAUUAAAGAGCUGCUACACUGUGAAAUUUGCAAUGUUUUAACCUAAAUUAGUGGCACAAAAUGGACAAAUCCAACAGCUGUGUUGAAAAUUUCAUUUAUACUAGCCCAAAUACAAAAGAUUACCUUGUGUUUGUCAGGUUGAAACAACCCAGAAUUUUCUAAAGCGAACUUGAUGGUGAGUUAUUGUUGGAAAUAAACCUCUCUAAAACCA